CAGACACCACAAUUCAGACGCCAGACGCCAGAGCAAUUAUUUCCGACUAUAAAGAAAACUUUGGUGCAGUUGGAAUGAUGACUCAGACGCGGAUGCUGCUGCUUUUCCUGCUGGCGAUCUGCCUCGGGCAGCUGCAGGCCGCGCCCAUUAUCUGCGGAUCGGAUGGGCAGGCGAGUGUCAAGUCGUCGGAGUCCGUCGAGGUGACGCCCAAGCCCAGCGAGGUGAAUCAGUUUCUGCACAAUGUGCAGUGCACGCUGGAGAAGGCCAAGCCCUGGAUUGAGGACCUGGAGACGGAGGCCAAGCGCCUGGAGGAGACAGCCAAGCGCGUCGGCCUGAGCAUCGUCAAUCGCUUCGGGGAUCUGAUUGACUCGCUGCUCAGCACGGUCGCCAACAGGAAGCCCUCGGCAGGCGCUGAUCCCGGCAAGCACACGACCCUAGCCACGCCCACUGAGAGCACGGAGCGCGACGCUGUGGCAGACGCCGAUGUGGAGCUUGGACAGGUGACGCAUUCCACAGAAUCGCCAGCGAACGGCCUCGCUCCCAAUGAGGCUGAGAAUGAAAUUACAAAUCAAGAGCCGCUCAAGUAGACGCGCCUGCCACAGCGAAUUUACAUAUACAUACACAAUUUAUAUAUACAUACAUAUAUUUAUUUAUCUAGUUUUAGAUUACUGCUAAUGAAAUGUACUCGUAGUCUUAGAUGUCAAACGGUGUGAAUCACAAUCUAACACAUGAUUUUAUUUUCUUUUUUUUUUUUUUUUU